AUUCAGAUCGAUCGACCAUCCAUCUCCAAACAGAAAAGAGACAUUCAGUGUGAAGAGCGCGUUUCUUGGUCGUUGGUUGUCUGCACAGCUUCGCUUUGCGUAGAGACGUGUGAGAGGAAGUGAGGAAAUGGCGGGAUACGGUGGCCAGUAUGGUGACUCCGACACGCGUCGCCAGAACGACGAGUACGGCAACACGAUUCGCCAGACGGACGAGUUCGGGAACCCGGUCCCGCAGACCGGAUACGGAACAGGUGUUUACAGUGCUGGAACCGGCGGUGCAGCUGGGGUGACCGGCGGCCUCGGUUAUGGCGGAGACCAGCAGCAGCAGCAGAGAGGCGGACAUCAUGGAGGUGGCGGUGGUGGAGUGCUCCAGCGAUCCGGAAGCUCCGGUUCUAGCUCCUCGGAAGAUGAUGGUCAAGGCGGGAGGAGGAAGAAGGGGAUUAAGGAGAAGAUAAAGGAGAAGAUUCCGGGGAUGGGCAGCAAGGACGAGCCGCAGCAGCAGCAGCAGCAGCAGGCGGGGUCGUACCCGACGUCCACCGCUGUGAGCGGAGGCUAUGGGGCGGAGAUGGGGCAGCAGCAGGAGAAGAAGGGGAUGAUGGACAAGAUCAAGGAGAAGCUGCCCGGACAUCAUUAGAUAUUACAUAUGUUGAUCAGUUACUUGAUCGGUACUGGAUAUCUAAGUGGGUGCACGUAGUUGUCUUUUUGUCUUGUGUGUAUGAGGGAGGGACUUGAAUUUAGAUGUGCCAAAAUAAGUGCAAGGUCACUAUGUCUACUUCCCCCUGGGGAGCUUGCACCUGAAAGUUGCUCUUUUGUGUUGUGUACUGAGUCCUUCGCAGUCAAAAUAUAUGUGUUGAGUUUUUGUAUUCAGUUGUUAUAAGUGAUGUACUUUGGAUG